GAAGCCCGGCCUGGCGGCGGCGGUGGCGGUAGCUGCCGUGGCGGCCUCUGCGCAUGCUCCGUCGCCCGCCCGCCCUGGCCGCUCGCCGCCCGCCCGCCCGACGGAGACGCAGCCCCAGCUAUCUGACUUCAUGUGAAAGAUGGCUAAUGCAGAAGUGAGUGUCCCAGUGGGGGAUGUGGUUGUAGUACCCACUGAAGGAAAUGAAGGGGAGAACCCUGAAGACACUAAAACUCAAGUGAUCUUGCAGUUACAGCCUGUGCAACAAGGUUUGUUUAUCGAUGGACACUUUUACAACAGGAUAUAUGAAGCCGGGUCGGAGAACAACACGGCAGUUGUAGCAGUAGAAACGCACACGAUACACAAAAUUGAAGAAGGGAUUGAUGCAGGUACUAUAGAAGCAAAUGAGGAUAUGGAAAUUGCUUACCCCAUAACUUGUGGGGAGAGCAAAGCCAUCCUCCUCUGGAAGAAGUUUGUGUGUCCGGGAAUAAACGUGAAGUGCGUCAAGUUCAAUGAUCAGUUGAUCAGUCCCAAGCAUUUUGUUCAUCUGGCUGGCAAGUCUACUCUGAAGGACUGGAAGAGAGCUAUUCGUCUGGGUGGGAUCAUGCUCAGGAAAAUGAUGGACUCCGGACAGAUUGAUUUUUACCAACAUGACAAAGUUUGCUCCAAUACCUGCAGAAGCACCAAAUUUGAUCUUCUGAUCAGCAGUGCAAGAGCUCCAGUGCCGGGACAGCAGACAAGUGUGGUGCAGACACCCACUUCGGCUGAUGGUAGCAUCACACAGAUUGCCAUCUCAGAAGAGAGCAUGGAAGAGGCAGGGCUGGAAUGGAACUCAGCUCUCACUGCUGCUGUCACCAUGGCCACGGAGGAGGGUAUAAAGAAGGACUCAGAGGAAAUUUCAGAGGACACUUUGAUGUUCUGGAAAGGAAUAGCUGAUGUAGGGCUGAUGGAAGAGGUUGUCUGCAAUAUACAGAAGGAAAUAGAGGAGCUACUCAGGGGAGUUCAGCAGCGGCUCAUCCAGGCUCCUUUUCAGGUCACAGAUGCUGCUGUUCUCAACAAUGUAGCACACACAUUUGGUCUAAUGGACACAGUCAAGAAGGUUUUAGACAACAGGAGGAACCAAGUAGAGCAGGGAGAAGAACAGUUUCUCUAUACUCUGACAGACUUGGAACGCCAGUUGGAAGAGCAGAAGAAGCAAGCCCAGGAUCACAGGCUGAAAUCUCAGACGGUUCAAAAUGUGGUACUGAUGCCUGUGAGCACUCCUAAGCCUCCAAAAAGGCCCCGGCUCCAGCGGCCAGCCUCCACCACUGUCUUGAGCCCUUCUCCUCCUGUCCAGCAGCCUCAAUUCACAGUCAUCUCACCCAUCACUAUCACCCCAGUGGGUCAGUCAUUUUCCAUGGGCAAUAUUCCAGUGGCCACCCUCAGCCAGGGCUCCAGUCCUGUGACUGUCCACACUUUGCCUUCUGGCCCUCAGCUCUUCCGCUAUGCCACAGUGGUCUCCUCUGCCAAGAGCAGCUCACCAGACACAGUGACCAUCCACCCUUCAUCUAGCUUGGCACUACUGAGCUCUACUGCCAUGCAGGAUGGGAGUACACUGGGCAACAUGACCACCAUGGUGAGCCCUGUGGAAUUGGUGGCCAUGGAGUCCGGCCUAACCUCGGCAAUUCAGGCUGUUGAAAGCACCUCAGAGGAUGGGCAGACCAUCAUUGAGAUUGACCCAGCCCCAGACCCAGAGGCUGAAGAUACUGAGGGCAAAGCAGUCAUCUUGGAGACAGAGCUGAGGACUGAGGAGAAAGUUGUGGCUGAGAUGGAGGAACACCAGCAUCAAGUUCACAAUGUGGAGAUUGUGGUCUUAGAGGAUUAACUGGGGAUCUCAGGGCCAGGAGUUAUGUUUUGAUUUGGAAUUUUAAUUAUUUGUUUAUUUUUAUCAUUGUCCCAUUCAUUUCCACAUAGGACCCUUUUUUUAAAAAAAAAAACAAAAAACAAAAUCUUAUUGUUAUAACUGAAAAUGUUGGGUUCCUCCCACUCCCUCAUUGAAAACUGGACAAAACAAGCUGCCCUUUCAGAAGUUGAGAGUAGAUAAUUCAAUGUCCUAAUCAUCUUACACCAAGAAAGUAAUUUCUUUUAGGGAAAGUGUCAAGAUAUCAAGUAACCCUGUCCAGAAAGCCAUUUCCAGGCUCAUCUGUCUGUGUAGGCAUGUGGUUUUACUCUUGUAAAGAUACAUUGACCAAACUCUGGAACACAGAUCUGACACUGGAAGGCAACCCAUUCACAUGUGGAUGCAGAAGGGCACUUUAUUUUGUAUCCUGAAAAGGGCCUACAGUGGCCAGUACAAAACUCU